GCGAGCUUUUUUGACGAACGCGGAAAGCGAAGACCAGUUGGCCUCUUUCCCAAGACCACCGUCUCGUAUUAAUACACCAAACUCAAAACCAAAAAAACGAAGAAGAAGAAAAUUUAUUCGUAGGAGGAGAUUCUUGCUUGGCCGUGUGAGAUAGAGAAAGAGGACUUCUUCUCUUUUCAUCAGCCAUGUCCACCACACACAGUCUCUCCUUCUUCUUCUUCAGAGUUCUUCUCCUCUUCCUUAUUCGCUCAGGUGAUCUAUUCCUUCCUUCACUUUGGAGAAGGUGCAUGAAGAUAUUGGUGUUCAACAGGCAGAAUAGGGUGAAUAUUUCACCUUAUUCCGCUUGUUUGUCCCGUCUACACCUUCUCUAUUUGAUGUUUUUAGUCAAAAAAAUGUCAAUUCUUCGAUUUUCUCCCAAUAGAGAAGAGGAAUCAGUGAGAGUUAACAGCCAAGGAGUAGGAAUCAACUACGGCCAAAUCGCGAACAACCUCCCGUCACCGGCUCGAGUCGCCGUCCUCCUCCGAUCCCUAAACAUCACAAGAGUAAAACUCUACGACGCAGAUCCAAACGUCCUCUUCUCCUUCUCAAACUCACAAGUCGAUUUCAUGAUCGGACUAGGCAACGAGCUCCUCCAAAACAUGUCAACAGAUCCAACCAAAGCCGAAACCUGGAUCCAGCAACGACUCCAACCACACAUCUCCAAAACCCGAAUAACCUCGAUCGUCGUUGGAAACGAAAUCUUCAAAACAAACGACCGCGUUUUAAUCUCGAGCCUCUUGCCGGCGAUGAAAUCGGUUUACUCUGCUUUACUCAGCCUCGGGUUAGAGAAACAAGUAACGGUCACAUCUGCACAUUCUCUCGACAUUCUCCAAACUUCUUAUCCUCCUUCCUCUGGAUCAUUCAAAGAAGAGUUUGUUCAGUUUCUUCAACCUCUUCUUGAUUUUCACUCUCAGAUCAAAUCUCCUUUCUUGAUCAACGCUUAUCCUUUCUUCGCUUACAAAGACAGUCCCAAAGAGAUUCCUUUAGAGUAUGCUCUGUUUCAGCCGAAUCAUGGGAUGAUUGAUCCGAACACGAAUCUCCAUUACGAUAACAUGUUGUUUGCUCAGGUCGAUGCGCUUUACUCCGCCGUGAAAACUUUGGGUCAUACCGAUAUUGAGAUUCGGAUCUCGGAGACGGGGUGGCCAUCUAAAGGAGACGUGGACGAGAUCGGAGCGUCGCCGGAGAACGCGGCGCUUUAUAAUGGGAAUUUGUUGAGGCUUGUGGAACAGAGGAAGGGGACUCCGGCGAAGCAAUCUGUUCCGAUUGAUGUUUACGUUUUUGCCCUUUUUAAUGAGAAUCUUAAACCCGGUCCGACUUCUGAGAGGAAUUAUGGUUUGUUUUAUCCGGAUGGUAAACCGGUUUAUAAUGUUGGUUUACAGGGUUAUCUUCCUGAUAUUAUUUACAGUUCAAGUGCAGCUACGAUCAAGAUUUUGAAUUUGUGGAGAGCCGUGAUGGGUUUGUCUGUAGCAGGGUUUAUAAUUGAAAUGGGCGUCAAAACAAGGAUGAGAUAAGCUCGGCAUGUGUCCUUGUCUGUUAACUGUUUUCAUAGGUUUCUUUUUUUUUUGUUUUACAAGAAAAUUAUUGGUAUAGUUAUAGCCAUAUAGGUGAGGUAUACAAUUCUUUGUCAUGUAUUGGAUUGACAAUAAAACGAAAAUUAUUUUUUUCCGUAA